GGUUUCAUGUCGUUGGAAGAUACUUGCGAUCAAAGAUUUUUUGCAAGGUGGUUCUGCCAACUUCGCGCAAACUUUUUGUGUACGAUGAAACUUUUUUUGGUGGAGUUAAUAAAAUCUAUGGACAACAGUUCAAGUUUAGAUAUUUCAAUGAAAUGCAUACACGACGAACUUUUAAGAACAGCGGACUUACACUAUUUCGUAGCACAUUCAUUCUUUGAUAUAGACGAGGAAAGUUUGACCAUUUUGGAAUCAUAUCCUUUUGUUAGAAAGCUUUUACAUGAGCACAACUUGAAUAGGCCUGUCGACUCUUUGUUACUUCCACUAAUUCGGCUUGCAAUGAAUGACGAGUUUUCAAAUAAUUCUCGACAAAUAAGAGAAAUUGAUCAAAGAAAGAAUAAAGUACAAUUCACCUUGCGUGGCCGCUGCAUUCGCAUCUUGAAAGACAUCGAAAUCUUUCCCAAGAAAUCCUCAAUGGAAGCUUUAUUGUUCGUACGUAAAUUCGUGUUCGAAAUCCUAAGCGUUCCUAUAAAUCUACCACCCUUCUUCUUUAAUAGGCAAAAAGGAACUCAUAUCCAAUGGUCAAAAAUUCCUAAUUUUGAAGGGAUUCGAAUAAUUUCAGGUCAACAGAAGUUGGUGUUAAACUUAGAAGGGUCUGUGUAUUUAUGCCCAAGUAAAGUCUCAAGAAGAAUGCAGAGUAUUCAGAUAAUUAUUUUCGGUUCAAAUGAGAAUUUAUUUGAAUUUUCGAAUCCCGAAGAUACUAUAUAUGACAAUUACAGAAUAUCAGAAAUUGCUUUGGAUCAUUAUGGGCACAUCGCUAAGGACAAGGACUCGGUUCAACACAGCUUAGUUACUGUCUGUAGCGUGCCAAUCUCAAAUAAUUCAUUCUCCUGCUCAGUUCUUGUCACUUUUCCGUUGGACAAUGAUGAUUGCAG